AUGCAGAACCUGUGUUAUUACGAAUAUCUGCUUAGUUUUCAAUGUUGUCAUAAUAAGAAGCUUGUGAAUCCUUGUGAUGUCGUAACAAGUAACAGAAGUCCGACCUUUACAUGUCUACCAGUGACGGCAUGAGGAACACAAAACUUGUCAUUGGGUUCAUUUACCCAGCCCGGCAGCGGCGUUUCGUCAGCUGAUUAGCCGGUCCUCAUCACAGACGUGAGCCGACGCGCUUACAUCCGCAAGUAUUGCCGGCCGGAGGGCAGUGAUCAGCUGGAAUUAACCACUCACUCUGUCAAGGCAUUCUUCCACAACAAUGGCACCACAGAAAGGUAAAGUAGGCACAAAGGGCCAGAAGCAGAUCCUGGAGGAAAACAACCAAACAUUGAACUUCUACAGAAUCAUGAUCCUGGGUUCCAAUGGCCUAUUCUUGGCUCUGAAUGGAUUUGUAUUCUCUGAAUUUGCCUACUUUGAGGUGGCUGCAUUCCUGCUGGUGGCUGUAGUGCACAUCAGCUGUUACCAGUUCCUGUCAUACAUGGCGCGGCCCAAGUACUCGUCAACGGGCCAGCUGGCUGAUGGGGGACUGGACCUGAACGUCGAGUCGGGUGUGGCCGAGCACGUGAAGGACCUCGUCAUCGUAACGUCGGGCUGCCAGACGUUGGGACUCAUCUCGCGCUACUUCUGGAUCCUGUGGGCUUUCGUGCCUCUUCGGGCCUUCCAUAUGCUAUGGAAAAACGUUCUCGGUCCGUACUUCUUCGCCCCUGCACCGGAGGAGCCGGAUGUGGAUGAGAAGAAGCAACGAAAAAUGGCGAGAAAAAUGCGCUACGCUGCGCAGUAGGGAACGGGAAUUGUUAUAUAUUGUGUUAUGACUUGUGGUGAAGGCAAUACAAGAUAUAAUGUGUCAA